CAUCAGCUACGGCUACGCGAUGGAUUACGUGGACGUCGCGGAUUAAAAUGAAGAGUCUACAUGACCGCCCCCGCCACACGUGCGACGCGCGAAGAACACUCUUCGCUAUCCCAAAACAAACGCGUCCCGGGUUUUUCCGAUUCUGUUGAUGUUAUUGUAGCCCGGUAUCGUUUUAUUUUUUUCUUCGAGGUUACCCUGGAUGUGUACACCGCGGCAUGACAACACAGUGACCGACACCCCUCCCGGAUCCUCUCAAAGCUUCUCCAGAACCUUCUAGGACGGAAUGAAGGGCCAGGCUGACGCUCCGCGGGACCGAGGAGGUCUGGUGGGCAUCAUCUUCUUCAUCCUGGGCUUGGGAACACUGUUGCCAUGGAACUUCUUCAUGACCGCCUCCAUGUAUUUCCAGGGCCGCCUGAACACGACAGAGUGGAGUGACGGGGAGGUGGUGGUCCGCAAGGAGUACUACUUCAACAACUGGAUGACCCUGCUCUCCCAGCUUCCCCUGCUGCUCUUCACCCUGCUCAACUCCAUCCUUUACCAGAGGAUAUCGGAGGCGGUGCGGAUCGCGGGAAGCUUUGUGGCCAUCCUCUUCUUCUUCGUCUUCACAGCCAUCCUGGUCAAGGUGGACAUGGGGAUGGACCGCUUCUUCUCCGUCACCAUGGCCACCAUAUGGUUCAUCAACUCGUUCGGGGCGGUGGUGCAGGGCAGUCUGUUCGGCCUGGUGGGCCAGAUGCCCCCGAAGUACAGCGGCUUCUUCAUGAGUGGCCAGGGGCUCGCCGGCACCUUCGCCGCGCUUGCCAUGAUCUUCGCCAUCGCAAGUGAGGCAGACUCUGAGACGGCGGCGCUGGGCUACUUCAUCACGCCCUGCAUCGGGACGCUGGUCACCCUCCUCAGCUACGUGCUCCUGCCGCGCCUGGAGUUUGCCCAGCACUAUCUGAACAGAAGUGGACGAUACGAGACGGACGCCAGCCAUGAACUACUGGACGAGAGCAGUUUGACGGAGAAGAGCAAGCUAAAUGCUAACGGCGGCGUGCAGGCCAACGGCGCCGCGGCGGAGGACCCGGGAGCCUCCCUGGAGACCAACAUGGUCCUGGCCGUGGAGCCCACCAAGCAGGCCACCGUGACCCUGGACGAGGGCCGGGCCGAACCCAAGAAGGCCUCCGUCAUGGAGGUCUUCAAAAAGAUCUGGGUGAUGGCGUUCUGCGUGACGUUUGUCUUCACCGUGACGCUGUCUGUGUUCCCCGCGGUCGCCGCUGACGUCAGGACAUACUCACCCGAGGGCACCUGGGAGCGCUACUUCCUGUCUGUGUGCUGCUUCCUGGUGUUCAACGUCAACGACUGGCUGGGCCGUACCGUCACCACGUGGGUGCACUGGCCGCGUAAGGACUCAGUGGUGUUCCCGGUGCUGGUGGGCUGCAGGGUGGUGUUCGUGCCACUGAUCAUGCUGUGCAACGUCCAGAUCCGCGUGCUGCUGCCCGUCUACUUCCCCCACGACGCUGCCUUCGCCGUCAUCAUGGCGCUGUUCGCCUUCUCCAGCGGAUACUUUGUGUGCCUCUCCAUGACCUACGCACCGCAGAUGGUGGCAGCGAAGGACGCAGAGACGGCCGGGGCCCUCAUGACCUUCUUCCUGGCCCUCGGGCUCUCAUGCGGAGCCGCCCUGUCCUUCGCUCUGAGAGUCCUGGUCUAACACACACACACACACACACACGCACACGCACACACACACAGUAUUAAUACUGUGAACCCAUUACACACACA